AUGACACUUUCGUUGGUAUCCAAGUUUAUCGAAGAGAAUGUGAAAGAAGCGGAGCGACAAUAUAGAAAAGUAGUCGAGUAUUGCAAGUUGUAAUUCUACUUUUUUUGCGCGUCUACAAUAUCGAUUUCCAGAAACACAAACACAACGUUCAUCGACAAAGAUUUUCCGCACACUCGACGAUCCUACUACUCGGCUCGGCAGGAAUUUUUGUGGUUUUUGGAGAAUUUGGUUCGAACUUUAAAACAUAAACUUUAAAACAAACGCUCUCAAAUGCAGAGCAUAUCACUCUACCUGUCCGAAAAGGUCACAUGGACGCGGCCGGUUCUCAAUCCAAUGAUAUCGAGAGAUUUCCAUUUCAAGCCGUGGUCCGUCAUGGACGCGCCGACGCCCUCGGAAAUCGUGCAGAGAGUGCUGCCCGACUGUGGACUCAUCGCCGCGUUGAUGUCGAUCGCAAUGCAUCCGGAAAUUGUGGGCGCACUGAUGCCUCGCAAAGAGCUGUCCGAGUACGGGGUGUACCAAGUGAGAUUGUGUGUGGACGGCGAGUGGAAGCGCAUUCUCGUCGACGACUGGUUCCCCAGGUUCGUUGUUGGACUGAAAGGCGUUUUUUCCAAUAGGAAUCAGGUUGGUUUUUUGGGUGAUCACCGAUCAGCAUGCGACUUUGCUUUGGUUUGAGUUCAGCUCUGGCCGUGUCUCGUCGAAAAAGCGGCUGCGAAACUCUGCGGAACGUACCACGCGUUGUACGGCUUUGAUGGAGGCGUCGCGUUCCAAUGGAUCACCGGCGCGCCCACAACCAGCUACAAUUGGUACGUGCGUCCGGAAAUCGUGGCAAACCUCUGGGACAUACUGCAUUCGUCGAGUCUUCACGCUUUUCCAAUGACGUGUGGCUCGCAACAUGUCGUCUUGGACGAGGAGUCGAGCGGAAUCUGUCCCGGACACAUGUACUCUCUGCUCGACGCGCUAGAAGUGGACGGAUUGCGGCUCGUCCGUAUCCGCAACACGUUUGGCAAGUUGAUUUGGAAGGGAAAAUGGUCGCCGACGUGGGACGGAUGGACGGGACGGGAGGAUUUGCAGCAAGAGCUGAUGAUGAGAACGGCGUGGAUCGACGACAGCUUCUGGAUGGAGUACGAUGACUUUGUGAAGUAUUUUGAUCAAGCGAACGUGUGCCGCGCCCGUCCCGAAUGGUUCGUCACCCGAAUGAGCCUCGUCGUGGAUGGCAAUGAAGAGCAGAAGCCGGUGAAAAAUGUGCUCAAAGUCACAGUCGCGACUUCUUGUGACGUGGCAAUUACCGCCUACCGUCGUGGAGUGAGAACAACGGGAAGAUUCCCGUUCAUCACGUGGGUCCUCAUACACUCUGUGAAAAGUGAUGGCGAAGGACCGGGCGAGCUCGUCAGCCGGUCCGUUCUCAGCAGAAACUGCACCGAGGACAUUCGUCUCACCGCCGGCGCCUACUUUAUUCUGCUCACCGCUCUGGGCACGAAACGAACACACCGAAACGUGGCGCUUCAUAGCUCGGCGCCGUGCAAAGUGGAAAUGGUUUCGAUGAGUCGCGGGCAGUUGGCGGACUCUUUCCAGAAGCUCGUUUUGCAGUACGGUCACGAGAUGCGACUUUCGGUGCGUUUUAUGCCAAAUCAACUAGCUUUACAAGUCUAACGGAAUGAUUUCAGCGCCAAGACGUGAGCAUCAAGACGUACCUAUCGGAUGAUGGCAGUUAUAUGGUGAUCAUGGCCGAGAACUACACCCGCGACAAGUUCUUCCAUGUCCAGUAA